AUGGAUAUUAGCUCACUUAUCCUAAUAGUUGGGGAUGGGCUAAACUGGUUCUUAGUUAAAGAGUUUCUUACUACAUUAGGCGAUAAGGAUUAUUUAGAGGUUUUUAGUUUCUAUAAAACGCUUAAGUCGCUAAUAGCACAAAAGGAAAACAGUAUAAAGCAUAUCUACGUAAUUGCUCACACGUAUUCUAAUAUAGUUAAAUUUAGGCCUCGAGAUUAUAAAUAUACUAACGUUCGUGAUAGGCUUAGGGGUCUUACUCAGCGAGCUUUAAUACCUCAAGGAUUAGUAGAGCUACGUAUAAGGGUAGCACUCUACGGUCUUAGUGGUAUUAGUCUUAGUCGCUAUAUUCCGGAGUGUAGGCAUAGAUUAGUUAUUAUUAUAACUAGGAAUAAGAAGGUAGGGUUAAGGCUAGCCCGAGGAAAGCUUCUAAUUAAGGUCGGUAAUAUAAAUGAUAAAGAAGCAUACUCACUACUAUAUAUAAUCCUAGAGGAUAAGGAGAUUUUAGAAGAUAAUAUAUCUCUUCUCUCAUCCAAGCUUAAACAUUUACUACUCGCCCUUAUAUAA